GACAACGGCACCGCUCGGGCCCCGCGGGCUGAGCUGCGGGUUGGGGCUGAGGGGCCGCAUCGGCGUUCCGCGGGUUGCUGGCAGGUAACCGCCCAGCUUCACACCGGAGGGUGCUGAAAGAACGAGGGGGGACGGCUUUAAACUAAAAGAGGCUCGCGUCAUUGUUAAGGCGGUCUGUGGUAAGAACGGUUUGGCUGCGUUUCACCACAGUGACGCUCCUUGGCGCAGCGUGCCAGCAGCUCAGCAGAUGGGCAUUGAAAUAGAUAUUUCCUCUGAACAUCUGCAGAAGAGGAAAAGGCCUUGAAAACUGCAUUCUAGAGAAAUUUGGGCAGUUUCUGUUACGCGGAGCAAUGCUGAAAUUUCAAGAAACUGCUAAGCAUGUCAGCGUUUCCAGAGCUAAUUCUGCUUGCUCAGAUGCUGCAAUCGCAAGGAGGUACACUGUUCAGAGGAAACUUGGCAACGGAAGCUUUGGAAGCGUGUAUCUGGUUUCUGACAAAAAAGCAAAACAAGGAGAUGAAUUAAAGGUUCUGAAGGAAAUCUCUGUUGGAGACCUAAAGCCUAAUGAAACAGUUGAAGCAAACCUGGAAGCACAACUACUCUCCAAAUUAGACCAUCCAGCCAUUGUCAAAUUUUAUGCAAGCUUUGUGGAGCGAGAUAGUUUCUGCAUUAUCACUGAGUACUGUGAGGGUGGAGAUCUAGACUAUAAAAUUCAAGAGUACAAAGAAUGUGGGAAGUCAUUCACACAGAGGCAAAUAAUAGAGUGGUUUAUACAGUUGUUGCUUGGAGUCAACUAUAUGCAUGAAAGGCGAAUACUUCACAGAGAUUUGAAAACUAAGAACAUAUUCUUGAAGAAUAAUCUUCUUAAAAUUGGGGACUUUGGAGUUUCUUGUCUUUUGAUGGGCUCCUGUGAUCUGGCAACAACAUUUACAGGGACACCAUACUACAUGAGUCCAGAGGCACUGAAACACCAAGGAUAUAACACAAAAUCUGAUAUUUGGUCUCUGGGAUGCAUUUUAUACGAGAUGUGCUGCAUGAACCAUGCAUUUUCUGGACACAAUUUUUUGUCUGUUGUGCUAAAAAUUGUCGAAGGCGAUACACCUUCUCUUCCUGAUAGAUAUCCAAGCAGUCUGAAUGCUGUGCUGAGCAGCAUGUUAAAUAAGAAUCCUUCGCUGAGACCAGCAGCAGGAGAGAUCCUAAAAAUCCCUUAUAUUGAUGAGCAACUAAAGAACAUACAGUACAAUUUCACAUGUAUGACUGCAAAAGACAAGGGGCUUAACUGGCAGAAAGAAGCUGCUCCCAUUUUUGAUGCUGUGCAGAGGAAAGUUCAUUUGCAAACUCUACAGCAACUGUCUGAAGUACAGAAAAUGACACCACGGGAACGAAUGAGGCUGAGGAAGUUAAAUGCUGCAGAUGAAAAAGCCAAGAAGUUGAAACAGCUGGCAGAAGAAAAAUAUCAAGAGAAUAUCAAAAGAAUGCAAGAAUUCAGGUCCCGUAAUUUUCAGAAGCUGAAUGUCAAUGUUCUACAUGAAUCUGACGACCAGAUUUCAGAACCCCUAACUGAUUCUCAGUGGGUCAUGACAUGUGACUCCACAUCCAUAAGAUGUGAUGAACCAAAUGGAAAUGAGAGAUUGAGUCAAUUUACGGACCACGAGAUCCCAGAAGACCCACAAAUUGCAGAAGAAUAUUAUAAUGAAGAGUUUGAAUCCUGUUCAGAAGACAGCGAAACAGAGGAGGAUGUGGAAGUGUCACAGACUGUAUCUAAGACAAAUCAUCAGGACAGUGAUAUUGAAGCCAUGGUCAAGCAUUUGGAGAGCAUCCUAAAUAAUAGCUCAUUGGGUUCGGCAACUGUCACCAGCAUGGCUCCAGGGGUGCCCCAGGGAUUCAGAGCUCUCAACAGCACUAUGGCUGAGACCAAGCUGAAUCGCAUGAGGGAAUCUGCCAUCCAGAAGCUGGGAGGAGAGGUAUUUGAGAAGGUGUACACCUACCUGAAGCAGGCGAGAAAGCAGAAGGCCAGUGAGGAGGAGAUAACGAGACACCUGGAGAAACUGGUUCCUAGAGCAAGUGAUUGCUUUGAGGUGGAUCAGCUCCUCUACUUUGAGGAGCAGCUGCAAGAUUCGGGAUCAUGUCUUCAGCUGUAAAAUGUGCUGGUAACAGCACGGGAAAUAAUGAACAAGACUGACAGUGCUGAGCUGCCUGCUUCAGGCCAGCCAGCAAAUCCUGGAGGAAUCUGGAGGAAACUGCUGACGGUAACUCAGAACAUAAACAGGUGGGCGGGCUCUUGGAAAGUCCAGUCUGUGCAGUGCACAGUGGGUAAGUAAGGUAUAGAUUAUAAGGAUAGGAAGAAAAACUUACAGAGUAGAGGGGAGAGUUCAUAAUUGUCAGUGUUCCCUUCACUGCUUAGGGCAUAAUGGAAGAGAUCUCUUGGACACUAGUCAAUGUCACUGGCAAAGCCGCCUCUGAAGGAAAUGGUGCAGGAUUAGGCUCCAGCUGUUGUUUAUUCCUGCACUGACUGGCUCUUGUGGCAUUUAAGUACAUCUGUUUUGUACUAUGGCAGAAUACAAAUGUGUAUGGCUAUUCAGCCACAAAUUGUCUUGUUACCAUUCAUUGUCUAAAGAACUGUAUUUAAUCCGUGUGUCUUUCAAAGGAACUGUGAAAAUAUAGAUCAUAGAAUCAGGGAAUGGCUUGGGUUGGGAAGGACCUUAAAGAUCAUCAAACUCCAACCCCUGCCAUGGGCAUGGCACAGGCACUUCUCACCAGGCCAAGCUGCCCAGGGCCCCAUCGUAUCUGCUCUUGAAUGUCUCCAGGCGUGGGGCAUCCACAUCUUCUCUGGGCAGCCUGUUCCACGCCUCACUGCCCUCUGAGUGAAAGUUUUCUUUACAAUAUCUAAUUUUAAUCUCCCCUCUUUUAGUUUGAAACCAUUCUCUCUUGUCCUAUCAGUAUCAGACCAUACAGAGUCAGACUCUCUCCUGUUUAUAAGAUCCCUUUUAGUACUGGAAGGCUACAGUGAGGUAUACCCUCAGCCUUCUCUUCUCCGGACUGAGCAAGCCCAGCUCCCUCAGCCUUUCUUUAUAAGAGAGGUGCUCUAGCCCUCUGAUCAUCUUCGUUGCCCUCCUUUGGACACACUCUAACAGCUCUACAUCCUUCUUGUGCUGGGGGACUCAGAUCUGGACGCAAUACUUGGGCAAAGCAGAGAGGGACAUUCCCCUCCCUCUUCCUGCUGGCCACCCCUCUUUGGAUACAGUCCAGGAUACUGUUAGCCUUCUGGGCUGCAAAUGCACACUGUUGGCUCAUGUCAAGCAUGUGUAUAUUCAUCCAUGCUUACUCACAUACAUAGAAAUAGGUAUGUAUAUGCAUAGAGAGAGGAAAACAUUUUACCAUAUUGUUAUACAUGUUUAAGUUUACAGAGACAGAGAGAUGAGGCCAGAGCUGUAGAUGACCAUGGCAGCUAGGAAUUCUUAUUACAGAUUCUUGAAGUUUUUUAUCACUGUACACAGAACAAUAAAUCAAUUUUCUUUUGCUUACA